GGGUGGCGGCAUUUUAUCAUGUCUAGAGAAACCAACUUUUUAUUAAGUGUAACAUUGCGACUUUGAGGCUUUCUGCUAACAAUUUUGUGGUCCUUGACUAACAUGUGUUUGGUAAAUUUGAAUAUUUGGUAGUAUCACUAUUGUUAAAAUUAGAACUGUAGCAUAGGUAGGUGAAUAGGAAAGCUUCCUUGCUUGUACGCACACACAUGCUCAUGUGCGUGCACACUCAACUCUAGGCAUAUUGGUAGCAUCACCCUAUACUCAAAUAUGCUGGCCCAAAUGAACCUGAGUAGGAAGGAUACAUGCAACUCCUGAAGAUAUUGGCAAGGAAUAACUACCUGAUUUCUAGACAAUAAAAGUUUAGAUGUUGGGAAAAGCAAGGAAAGUUUCAGGGCGUGGAGAAGCUGUAGCAGCCAAUUAUGCUUUUGGUCCAGCUGAAGAUGACAUAAUAAUCAAGCAUAGGCUUCUCACUCGUACAACAACAACAAGGGGUGAGCCUCCAUUGAAGAAGCUUCAGAAAAAAUUCACAACCUUUGUCUCCGAGAUUGAAAAAGAAGAAGAUAACUAUAAUGACUGUGAAAAGCUAGCCAAAGCUUUCUUGCAGGAAUUAGCCACAUUUGAGAUUCCACUUCUAAAGAGUAAAGCAAUUGUUGACGCCAAUAUUAGAGAGAAGGAAAAUUUUAAUGAGCUGAAAGAUGAAAUAAAUAGGCAAAUUGUGCAAGCACAGGCUGACAUUGAAGAUCUAAAGAAGCAACUUGAAGAAAGUAAGAUUGAGAGGCAGCACAAGGAGGAAUGUGAGGCUAUUAGGAAAUUGAUUGCUCAGCAGCCACCAAGAUCAGAGACACAGAAGCUUAUAACUGAGUUAGAGAAAGAAAUUAUGGCAUUAGAUGCAGAGAAUACAGCUGGCUCGAGAUUGUUGGAGCUUCGGAAGAAACAAUUUGCUCUUCUGUUGCAUGUGGUGGAUGAGUUGCAGAACACAAUAGAGGAAGAGCAGAAGAAUCUCAUUGAGGAGAUGAGAGCAGCACCUGAAGAACUCAAGAAUGGAAUAGAAGAUGCAAGUGGGGGUUCAGAAGCUAUGGCUGUUGACUAGCAAGUGAAUUUCAUGUUGAUCCUUCCAUUGUAAGAUUAGUUACUCUUCAAUCAUUUGAUAUCAUCCCAUAGGGAUUGUUUUCUCAUCUCUAAAAUUGAGUAGUAACCUUUAUUUAUUCAACAACAAUUAGUAAUGCGCUAGUGAAACUUUAUGGCAACUUAAUGGGAACCCCACUCUGGCUGUUAGGCAUGAACUUUCAUUUCUGAUAGUUGAGGUUGAGACCGCGUGUUUAAUUUUUGGAUUUGGAUGUUCUGAAAUUGUUGAGGUUCAACGCAAAAUAUUGUAUUUUCUGUUUGUAUAUGCAAGGCAAAAUUUAUAAAACAUGGAAUGCUGAAGUA